UCCUUUUCUUAUUGGGCCAACCUGAUUGGUUGGCAAAUGUUGGUCAGACAUCGACGGUAGGUAAACAAUCAGAGCUUCCAACGGACGGUGGAGAUCAAAUAAUAUCUCACGGGAAUUUGGAAUCUAAACCGCGUGGGAAACGACACCGUCUGCCCGCAAGUUAGGCGUCUUUCCAAUUAAAAUCGAACCAAUAUUAAACCGGAUUCUGCAUAGAUCAUCAUAAUAAGUCAAAUCCGGUUUUUAAAAAUCGAUUUGCGAUCAACAGAUUAGAAGAGAGAUGAGGAAAGGAGGCAAGGAAGAAGACGAAGUUGAACAAUUGCUUCAAGCGGCUCAAGAUGAGAUGAUACUCAAGCUCUCUGUAGAUUCUCACACUUCUCGAUCCUCUUCCGAUUACUUAGAUCCAGAUCUCCACUCUAGAUUUCUCGCUCUCAAAUCUCAAAAGAAGAAGGAUCAGCAGCAACAACAACAUAAACGACGGCCGAGAUCUCCGAAGAAAUCGAAGGAUGUGGUUGAAGAAACGCCAGACGAUCUCAUGCUCCGAUUCGCGGCUCUGAGGACUUCUCUCCCUUCUGCGUCUUCUUCGUCCUCUGUACUUCUUCAGGAUGGAAUCGGAGAAGAUGGUGAUGAAACCGGAGAAGAUGCUGAAGUGGAGAAGCUGAUUCAAUGGGCUAUAGACGCCGCCCGUCUUGAUCCUUCUCCGCCUUCAGACGAUGAUCAAAGCCAGAGUUCCGAUAGCGAUGAUGAGAAUAAUUCAACGAAAGAUGUUAAACCUUAAUUUUAGUUGAGCUUUUUAAAGAUUGUCACAUAAUGAGUUAAAGUCUGGGAAAUUGUUGAUUUUUGCAUUGAAACUGUUACGAUGAAGUUGAUUACAUCAUUACAAUCCAAA